AAUGUGUAUUGCGCGCGCUGUAUGCAAAAUGCACGCACAAUCAGCUAGCCAGGAAGUGUCGUACCCGUGAAAAUGACAGUUUUCCCCGCUUGAUCGGUUGACGGAACAUACUUAUUCUGGAUUUUUUUGGAUAUAUUCAGUAUUCCAGGGUGUACUGAUGCGCUAACAGAAAGACCAUGAAUUCAAGACUUGUACAACAUCGAAAUCCCUUGGAGGAUUUUGAACUGUUACAGAGAAUUGGAAGUGGAACUUACGGCGAUGUGUACAAGGCCAAAAUGGUUGCCGAUGGCAACCUUGCUGCUUUGAAGGUCAUCAAGGUGGAUGCAGCGGACGAUGUGGAGAUAAUCCAGAAGGAGAUUGCCAUCAUGAAGGAGUGUCGUCAUAAGAACAUCGUCAUGUACUUUGGCAGCUACUCACGGCGAGAUAAGCUGUGGAUCGCCAUGGAGUACUGCGGGGGUGGAUCGCUGCAAGACAUCUAUCACAUGACCGGGCAUCUUGCUGAGGACCAGAUUGCCUAUGUAUGCCAGGAGACUCUGAACGGUCUGCAUUAUCUGCACACCCUCAAUAUGAUGCAUAGAGACAUCAAGGGAGCCAACAUCCUCUUGACUGAUCAUGGUGACUGCAAGCUUGCUGAUUUCGGUGUAUCGGCCCAGAUCACUCAGACCACCAUGAAGAGGAAAUCUUUCAUCGGUACCCCGUACUGGAUGGCUCCCGAGGUGGCCGCUGUGGAACGGACAGGGGGCUACAAUUCACAAUGUGACGUUUGGGCGGUAGGAGUCACAGCGAUUGAGCUGGCUGAGUUACAGCCACCCAUGUUUGAUCUUCAUCCCAUGAGGGCACUGUAUCUCAUGUCAAAGAAGAACUUUGUGCCACCCAAGCUGAAGGAGCAGACCAAGUGGUCGGCCAACUUCCAUGGGUUCUUGAAGAGCGCCCUCACCAAGAACCCCAAGAAGCGACCGCUGGCCGAGAAACUUCUACGGCACCCAUUUAUCACUGAUACGCCUGGGCUGAGCCAGAUGCUGAUGAAACAGUUGCUGGACAAAGCAAACAACAUCAACAAGACUCCAACCUACGUACCAAUGGACGAUGAUGAAGAUGAUAUACUGGACAAUAUCCAGAUUGGGGCCAGAAAAAGGGUUCCGUCAAAAAGAACAGACAAAGGCGGAGACAGGCCACAGUCCGCUAUAAAUCCUGAGAGCGUGAAGAACGCGGUGAAGAUCCCGUCCCCAGCCAUGCCGCCCAAAGCCAAGCAAGAGGACGAAGACAUGGACAGCAUGGGCGACCCCGAUUACCAGCCGUCUCACGACUGGGCACCAGCGCCGGCCAGCAACGGGCCCAACAGGGAGAAAGUAAGGCCACCAGUCCCUCAGCCAAGGGAUCCACGGCGGUUACCAACCAAUCCGCCGGCUACCAGUAACAACGAGAAUGACGUCCACAACAAAAAGAGUUUACUGAGAUCGGUGGCGGAGGAACUGGAGAAACGGGGUCAUGAAACUAACAACUUUUCUGAGCUUGAGAACCAGUACGAACAUGGCAAAAAAUCGGAGAGACUGGCGGCAGGGAAUGGAAACAACGAUGGGCCCCCCAGGAAAACAUUGCCACAGACUGAGGAGGGUCCACCCCUACCACCAAAGCAGAAAUCAGUCCAUUUCGGGAACAGCAACUCAGUCUCCGCCUCCUCGACCCCUUCCUCCUCGGCUCGGAUCAAGCCCCCCGUCGCCCCCCGCCCUUCCAACGGGAGGGCGCCCACCACAAACGGGGAAAACAUGGACCUAGACUCAGAGCCCCCCAAGGUACCGCCACGUCGGGCUCGCGGCAUCGGCUAUGAGUUCAUUGACCAUGAAAAGGCAGACCACGGCCACGGUCUGCCGCCGACACCCAAAGUCCCGAUGGGGGCCUGUUUCUCCAAAGUGUUCAAUGAGUGCCCGCUCAUUGUCUACAACUCAACCAGCUGGAUUCACCCAGAGACGAAAGAUCAGUACAUAAUCUUUGCCUGUGAAGAGGGCAUCUACACAUUCAACUUGAAUCAGAUUCACGAGGGAGUCAUGGACCAGAUUUUCCCAAGAAGAACAACAUAUGUCUAUGUUGUCAACAAUGUUAUGAUGUCAUUAACAGGAAAGACCCCGAGUCUGUACCAGCACAACCUCCUAGCACUAAUCGACAAGAACUUUCACCGCUUCCAUAUACCCAGUAAGCUGGGUGACCGGCUGCAGCGCAUCCCAGACAGACUGGUCCCGAGAAAGUUUGCCGUCAGCCACAAAGUUCCCGACACCAAGGGCUGCACACGCUGCUGCAUAGCUCGCAAUCCGUAUGAUAGUCACAAGUACCUGUGUGGGGCUCUCCCAAAUGCAAUCGUUCUCCUCCAGUGGUAUGAGCCCAUGAACAAAUUCCUACUGGUCAAGGUGUUUGACUGCCCUCUUCCCCCAGAGAUCAAAGUCUUUGAGAUGCUCAUCAAAGCGGAUGCUGAGUAUCCUGUAGUCUGCGUCGGAGUCGCAAGAGGAGUUGAUAGGAAACAUCUCUCCUUUGACAUCAUCAACUUAAACACGGCGUCCAGCUGGUUUGUGGGCCACCCUCCUGAGGACAAACUCCUAGACAUCGUCACCAUCUAUCAGCUGGAGAAGGACACAGUGCUGGUCUGUUUUGACAGGGAGGUCAAGUUAGUCAAGCUGGACGGCACGCCCAAGUCCAACCGCAAGCUGUCAGCAGAGCUACACUUUGACUUUGUGGUGGAGGAUCUAGUGGUUCUACCGGACAGCGUCUUGGCAUUCCACAGACAUGGCAUGCAAGGCCGUAGCUUCAAGUCCAACGAGGUUACCCAAGAGAUCUGCGACAAGAGCAAGUUGUUCACAUUACUAGGCACCGACAGGAUGAUCGUGCUCAAGAGUCACCCGACAGACAACCCCAACACGCCGAGUAACAUCUACAUGCUGACCGGCCACACGAACACCAUGUGAGGCUCCCAAUGUAAUGGGGGAGACCUACCAGGAGGGACAUUCAACCACAGUGCCAAUUGCGCCUGACGCUCUAGCGAAAACGCUAUGGAUUUACGCACAUCUAAAAUCAAAUUCAUCACGCGUACUUCGCACAUGUGGUGUGUCCCUCCCACUGCGGCUCGAAAUAAGUGGCCAAACAGCGCCCUCUAAGACCAUGCACGGAGUCCAUAGGUUUUGAAACUGACGGGAAAAAAAUAUCUCUUGCACCUGCAAAUCUCAAGGGCCGCUAUGUUUAUCGGAAAAAAACAAAUUGAACGAAUUCAACUUUUGGAAAACAGAAUUCAGCUUUUGGGAAAAACCCUUCACCGUGUGCACAAAAAGAGAAGGGAAAAAAUCGGAAAAGUAAGUUAUUUCUGUUAAUAACAUUUUCAGUUUCAAGUGUUAUGUAUAGCUUUAUGCGGUUUGGUUUACUUAAAAGUUCUGCUGCGGAAUGGUUUGUCGGGACACUCGUUUUCAGUUCUUUUCAGCGAACAUCCACCAUACAACAUACAUUUUCUGUUGGUCAAUACUUCCCCGACCAUCUGCACACUGGUUUUAGCAGUAUCAACGGUCACAUUCAGUGAUUUCAGAAAUUUCCUUCAAAUUUCUUCACACACAUGGUGUAAAUUUGUAUAACUAAGACAUCUUGAUUACAAAAGUCUUCGACAAGGUUUUUCUUGGGCAUUUUCUUCUUUGCUUUUUUGUGUGUGUGUGUGGGGAGGGGGUGGGGUGCUUGGGCUAGGGUCCGUUGUUGUCUGCUCUUCAUCGGGGGUUGUCAGAAUUGCGUUAGACCUUCACAAUAACAUGCAGUGAGUUUUUUUUAUGGCUUGAUGGUAAUUAUUCUAACGUUGCAAAUAUGCGCAGCCUCAAUAACGAUUCUCAGGAUGCAAUUUCAUUCAUUUUGACUGACGAGUCACGACCUAAAAAUAAGAUAAGAACAUUUUUGUACAAAGUAUUUCAACCUAUCCUUUUCUCUCAGGCAAACAAUUUCAGCGUGUAUGUUUGUUCUUGUGAUCUGUUAUUGGAUUUGUUUUCUUUGGUUUAAAUUGACAAACUAAGAAGUUGUUGAGAAAUUGAGUGACUGUUCCCUACAAUCUGCAGACAGUAAUUGUUUGGGGAAUCGGUCCGAACUGUCUCCACGAAUAUUUACUUUUAAGUACGGUUCAUAACCAUUGUACAUGGAUAUAAACACCUAUUGAAAGCUGCUGCAUGUGGUUUUUUUUAUAUAUAUAUUUCCCUGGAUUUUGAUUAUUUCGUUUGGAUCCAGAAAGUCAAAACACAGAGUUUUGUGCAGCACUGAUACAGAACUGCAAAUUGUAUAUUAAUUGUAGAUAUGUAGACAACUGAGUUUGAAAAAAAAUCAUUUUUGAAAAGAGAACUAAAUAAAAAAAAAAAAAUGCAAAAAAAAAUCUAAAACUUGUCAGGCCAAACCAGUCUGCACUCGGAGCAAAACUUUCUACCGUACUAGUCUGUUAUUAACAAAAUUAAAAAAAAUAGAAAUUGGCCUGUUUUUUUAAUGCGUACUACAUUGACGAUUGUUCCAUAUAUCUGUAUAAAAAGGUAUAUAUACACACUGUAAGCAUGAAUGUAGGAAUUGUGAUUAUUGUACAGUAGGCGAUUUUGUUUUUCUGUUACAUCCGUAGAUAGAAGCGCCCUCUGUUGGUGCUGUGUGGGUCAUCAAUCAAGAUUUAUUUAUUUGUUAUGGCCAACGCUUCAAAAAUGUAUUGGGAGGAAUGAGAAAUGUAGUACAUUGUACCAGUAGCCGUAUAGUGUUGGGCUAGGGUGAAAUAUAUUUCUCAAAUAUGAUGGGGUAUUAUUUUU